CCUCUCUAAUUCCCUCUGGUGGAUCCAGCGUCUGCACUUCCAAGUACUUGGUCCAAAGAUCUAAAGAUCUUGGAUCAUUGAACCCCAUAAGAAACUGCUCCUCUUGGGUGGAUACGAAAACAUUUUUUAUAAACUGACUGUAUUUGUGUGAGGGAGCGACUGCAAGAUGGUAGCUUCACAUAGCUGGCUGUUGGGGCUUAUCGUAGCUCUGCUUUGCACUGGACCGUUCGGGGAUUCUGUGCAGGCUGAAGAAAGGCUGCGAAGUGAGGAAGCCGAGGUGCUGAGCGGUCUGGACCCUACUGGAGGUGAGAAAGAGGAGGUGGCUGAUGAGGAGGAGGUUGGAGAUGUAUCUGAAGAAGUAGAUGAAGACGUGGGAGGAGAUGGGGAAGCAGAGGGAGCUGAAGAUGAAGACGAUGGAGAGGAAGCUUCUGAGGAAGAGGUGACACCAGAAGAGGAGAUAACUAAGGAGGCAGAAGCAGCUGAGGCAGAAGAGGGAGCAGAUGAAGAGGAAGCAGCAGAGGAAGAAGAAGAGGAGGAAUACACAGAGGAAGAGGUAGAAGUAGCAGAAGAGGAGGAGGAGGAGGAGGAUGCAGAGAAAGAGGAGGUAGAAGUAGAGGAAGGAUUAGCAGAAGAAGAGGAUUCAGCACAACAGAUAACAGAGGAAGAAGAAACAGCCACAGAGGAUGAGGCAGAAGAGGGAGCAGAUGAAGAGGAAGUAGCAGAGGAAGAUGAUGAGGCAGAAGGAGUAAUAAAUGAAGAGGAAGAAGAAGAGGAGGAGGAAUACACAGAGGAAGAGGUAGAAGUAGCAGAAGAGGAGGAGGAGGAGGAGGCAGAGGACGAGGAGGUAGAAGUAGAGGAAGGAUUAGCAGAAGAAGAGGAUUCAGCACAAAAGAUAACAGAGGAAGAAGAAACAGCUGCAGAGGAUGAGGGAGCACCAGGUGAGGAAGAGGAAGAGGCAGAUGAGGAGAAGGAAACUGCUGAUGAAGAUAAUGAGGAGGCUGGAGAUGAAGGUGAAGAUGAAGAGACCACAGAUACUGUUGAAGAAACUGCCAGUGAGGAAAACGUAGAGGGACAAGAGUUGGUCUCCACGAAGGAUGUAAUGUAUAGCUCAGGUUCUUUCUGUGCACUUUGCUCAGUCUGUGAGCACUGCGGUACCUGUGUCAAAUGUCCCUGUGAGGAAUGGGACACGUCAGCACACUGCAAUCACUGCGAAGAUUGUUCCUACUGUUACGUUUGUCCUGUGAUCUGUGAAACAGUCUGCCAGCCAGGUGGAAUUCUUGAUGUACUGAGCGGUUCUCUCUACCAGACUGUGAACACGUUGCUCUGAAAACGUUCAGCAUUCUUCACAGAGGAACUACAGACUAGCGUUCAAAUCAUUAAUUUGUAGGCCUGUCUAUUUGACUGGCAAGAUCCGGGGAUUCUCACUCUGAGGCCAGCGAUGAGUGGACAACAAAUCUUAAAUAUAAGCAAGGAACUGCCAGGACCCUAAUGUUUACCAUUUAAUGGCACUUUAAAGGUGACUUUACAGGCUGCAUUAAAUGAAUAACAAAUAUGGUU